AUGGUAGCCCUACAGCCCUCAAGAACCACCCUAAACUCCAAAUCUUCCCUCGAGGCGGUGCAGUUGCUCCUGGAAGCCUCGGCAGACAAGGAGAAGAGGGAUGGACGGGGCCGGACGCCGCUGCAGUGGGCCGCCGAAGCAGGGCAGCGGGAGACGGUGAAGAUCUUGCUGCAGGCAGGCGCCGACAAGGACAAGUCGCCAGGACUCCCAGUGCCCGGCACUGGAACGCCUUUGCAGGUGGUCUGUUCCACAGGCGACGUGGAGAUCGCCCGCUUGCUCCUCGAGGCCGGUGCCGACAAGGAGAAAGUGAGCCGACCGUCGCCCAACACUCCCCUGCAGAUCGCCUGCAGCAAAGGCUACGAGGAUUUAGUGAAGGUCCUCUUGGAGGCAAGGGCCGACGCAGACCGUGCCCUACCACUCAUGGAUGGAGGGACACUCCUGGAGAGCCAAGGGACGCCGCUUCAGACGGCAUGCCGAGAAGGCCACGUGGCGAUUGUGCAGAUGCUCUUAGAGGCUGGCGCGAGUCGGAACAAAGUGAGCCGCUCCUGCCUGGAAAAGCCGCUUCAGCUGGCCUUCGCCUCAAGGCACCUGGACAUCGCGCGCCUCGUCUCCAAGGGCUGA